AUGGCUCAAGUUGGAUUAGAAUGGUGGAGUCUUAGGAGGAGGGCUGCAAUGGUUGUGAUUGGUUUUCUUCUAGCAGCUUCAGUAGUUGCUUCAGCACAAGAAACUUUGGAACAAGAUGCUUCAAGUUACAGUGGGACUAAUAAGUUUCAACCUGAUUAUUUCGACAGAGUGUUGAACUUUCUUUGGCAGCCGGGUCGAUUGGGUUAUGAGCAUGUUUGGCCUGAACUGAAAUUCGACUGGAAAAUUGUUGUCGGUACAGUAAUUGGAUUCAUCGGUGCUGCUUUUGGGACUGUUGGUGGAGUUGGUGGAGGUGGAAUUUUUGUUCCGAUGCUCACUUUGAUUAUAGGAUUUGAUGAGAAAUCUUCAACGGCAAUAUCGAAGUGUAUGAUCACUGGUGGAGCAGCUGCAAGUGUUUUCUACAAUUUAAGGCUAAGGCAUCCGACACUUGAUCUGCCGAUCAUCGACUAUGACCUAGCACUUCUUGUGCAACCAAUGCUUAUGCUUGGGAUCAGUAUUGGAGUUUCUUUCAAUGUUAUCUUUGCUGACUGGAUGAUCACAGUGUUGCUAAUUAUUUUUUUCUUAGGCACAUCAACGAAGGCAUUCUUGAAGGGUGUUGAGGCAUGGAACAGAGAAACUGUAAUGAAACAGGAGUUUGCCAGACUAAUGCAGUCAGAUGGUAAUUCUAGUGACGAAGUUGAAUACAGACCUCUAGCUAGUGGCCCAAACAAUGUCAUUCUAUUAGGCACCAAGGAGUCUAAAAGAACAGAGGUUUCUAUUAUUGAGAAUGUUUACUGGGAGGAAUUACUUCUUCUUGUUGCUGUCUGGGUCAUAAUACUUGCGUUGCAGAUUGCUAAGAAUUACACCACAACUUGUUCAGCAGAAUAUUGGGUAUUAAAUCUCUUGCAGAUCCCUGUGGCUUUCGGAGUAUCUACGUAUGAGGCAGUUAACCUGUACAAGGGGCGCAGAGUGAUUGCAUCCAAGGAAGAAUCAGUCACAGAUUGGAAAGUGCACCAGCUUGUUCUGUAUUGUGCCUGUGGCAUCAUAGCUGGUAUAGUUGGCGGAUUGCUUGGUCUUGGUGGAGGGUUCAUUCUGGGACCUCUCUUUCUUGAGCUGGGAAUCCCACCUCAGGUAUCUAGUGCAACUGCCACAUUUGCAAUGACGUUCUCUGCAUCCAUGUCCGUUGUUGAGUACUACCUACUCAAACGUUUUCCGGUCCCUUACGCUGUCUACUUUGCUGUUAUGUCCAGCCUGUCGGCCCUUGUAGGCCAACAUGUAGUGAGAAGGGUGAUCAGUGUAUUAGGCAGAGCAUCUAUAAUUAUCUUCAUUCUGGCCUCCACAAUCUUUGUGAGUGCAAUAUCACUAGGUGGGGUUGGCAUAGCAGAUAUGAUUGGAAAGAUAGAGCGCAAAGAAUAUAUGGGAUUUGAAAACAUCUGCACUUAG